AUGUUGAUCGGACAGGAGCGGACAGGAAAAACUAGUCUCAAAAAGUCUUUAAAAGGAGAACAUUUCAAUGAAAAAGAGGAAAGCACAGUCGGAAUAGACACUGACUCUUUGUACUUUAAAGUCUCAACAGAGAUUUGGAACAGCGGAAAAGUGAAGGGAGAAGAAAAGUUUGAGCCAGAAGUUCAAUUUGAACAUCUUGCAGCAGCAAAAGUUAUCAGUGAAUUUUUAAGGCAACAAGGGGCAAAUAUUACACGGUUUUGGCCAAAGUUGCAUUCUAGAUUAGCGUCAAAUUCAGAGUCUGGUUUAGAGUCAGAUUCGAAGUCAGAUUCAGAGUCAGGUUCAGAGUCAACGUUAGAGCCUCUGGAAGAAUCAAGCACAAGCAGUUCUCGUAAUAAGUCAACUAAGCCUUCAAAAAAUAUCGAAUCUUUACACAGAAAAUUGCCCGAGGAAGUCGCUAGGCUGGUUGAAAAAAUGCUUCAAGAAAAGGAAAAAGCAAACCACGAAGACAGCAUCUACUCAGUUCUGUGGGACUUUGGUGGACAGUCAGUGUACUACGAAACCCAUCCAAUUUUCCUAACAGAGAAAGCUAUCUAUAUUUUGGUAUCUGACUUGAGCCGUGGUCCAGACGAGAAAGCCAACCCGCCUAUCAAAACAGGACUUUUUGAGAGAAAAGUGGACAUUGACUGCAAUAAAACAAAUCUUGAUUAUCUGGACUUUUGGAUGUCAUCAAUUUAUUCCUUGGUGAGUCCAGAAGUUCUAAGCUCUCAAGAGACCGCUCCGAAUGUUGUGCCACGGAGGCUUCCCCCAGUAUUCCUGGUAUGCACCCAUGCUGACGUGCCGUUUGGUGGAUCUAACGCCAGAGACCUUGCUUUAAAAACUUAUGGCUUUUUGCAGCGGAAGACCUACAAGGAACAUCUGUAUAAAGAUGUUUUCGUCGUGGAUAAUACAAAGUCUGGGAGUGAAGAAGAAUGUAUUGAAGUUACGCGACUGAGAGAAGAGGUACUUGCUGUUGCAAGGGAAAUGCAACUGACGAAAGAAGAAAUUCCAGUGAAGUGGUUGAGGUAUGAAAACAAGCUUCGCGAAAAGCGUGAUAAGUGGAUAACAUUUGAAGAAGCCAAGAGGAUUGCAUUUGAAGCCUGUGGAAUCCAAGAAGAUGAGGAAUUUUCCACUUUGUUGAAUUUUUUGCAUGAUCAGAGAAUUGUGAUUCAUUUUAGUGGCUCUCCAGAGUUGGAAAGGAUGGUGAUAUUAGAUCAUCAGUGGCUUGUUGAUGUCCUCAAAAGCGUAAUCACCGUAAGGCCUUUUAAACACACGGAGCAUCCUGUUAAAGACCUAUGGAUGCGACUUGAAGAAACCGGAAUCUUGGAUAAAAAGCUCAUUGACCAUGCUUGGAAAGACUUGCUCGACGACCAAGGAUGUCACGAGAGCCUCAUUGCCAUCAUGGAGAGAUUAAGCUUAAUUUCCCCCUGGUCUUCAUCUAAAGAUAGCAAGCAGUACCUUGUACCGUCCAUGUUGAUGUCACCCCCAACAGAUGACGUUCUACAGCUUCUCGACUCUGUAAACGCUCCAUCUCUUUUUUUAACGUUUGCAUCUGGUCGAGUGCCUCCUGGUCUAUUCUCCCGACUCAUCUUGCAUUUCCUCCAGUGGUGUGUAGAAGAAUGGAAGUGCAAAGUGAGCCCACAGUUGUUUCAUAAUUUUGCCAUGUUUUACAUUCUUCCAGACCAAGGUAUCUCCGUCAUUUUUUGGUGCCAUUCCUCAGUUAUUGAGGUCGCCGUUUGCAGCGGAGACAAUGACGAGAAAAUAGCCGAUAUAUCCCGUGCUGUUCGCUGGCAAUUGAGGUUUAUCCUCGAAUGCAUGUGGAAAGAGUUUCACUGGCUCAGCAACGUAAAGUACGAUAUGUGUGUCUGCUGCCCAGUCUGUUCUCGACCAGGGUCGGGGAAAUGCCGCGAUCAUGACGUGCGUGGAUGUGAGUGUUUACACUUCCUGUCAGAAUCUGAUUUGAGAAAGCGUCGACAUUGUGACAGACCAGGACGCAGCCUUCUUGGGGAUCGCAGGAUUCGGGUCAAGCAGUUUGAAUGUUGGUUCUUAUUUGGUGAAGAAGAGGAAGGUGCUGGAUUGUCAACGAAUCAGGUACUUUGCCAGUCCCAUCCUCUUCCUCUGGGUUGAUAAGACGCUGAUACUUUUUAAGUUCAACGACAUUUUUUUAAAAUGGUUUGAAAGUGGAUCUACUUUGUUUUUUUUUUUUUUAGCAACUGCAAGCUCUUCACGCAACAAGUCAUGGAGACUCCCUCGGUGUGAAAGGUAUAUUUUCCAUAGAAGGUAAAGGUCCCUAUUUUUCACGACAUUAUAUCAUAAUUACAAUGUCGUACUUAAAGAAAGAGCUAACAAGAUCCCUUCUCGUAUAAUUAAUGGAGCAAUUUGCAUGCUAUUGUUUCUCCUGGAACAGACUUUUAACCAACUCAAAAUAUUUGGGCGUUAACAAAAUACAUUCCGUCUACUUAACUCUUUCUUAUUGCAUUUAAUUUCGUUUUUCGUUAUUUCAAUUCGUUCUAAAUCAUUUUCAAGGAACGAAACGGAAAGAUCUUGCGCUGCCCGAGAGUAUCAAAACUUCCAUCCAGUCCAUUCCACUCAACUCAGCAAGUGAUGUUAAGGAUAUUGUGAUUAAAUUUCAAGAAGCUCUGCAAUUGGAACCUACAUCUUUGGUUAGUCCAGAGCCUGAGACGAAAAGUAUGAUUCGUGGCCUCGCCUUGAGAGCUAAAUCUGAGAAACGGGAUGAUUUGGUGAGACACUUACGAGAAAUUACCCCUGCUAGUACUACUGGUGAGUUUGAGAAGAUGAGAUUUUCUCGCUCGGGGGGUAGGGAAUAGGUCUUUACAUAAGCGUCCUCUCAAUGCCACAUUAAGAUAAUGUCAACGCUUGCUUGAUUUUAUUGUGUGGAAGUUUUUGUUGUUGAUGCCCUUUUGAUAUGCCUUAACAUAUAUAUAUAUAUAUAUAUAUAUAUAUAUAUAUAUAAAUAUAAAGAGUAAUUUGACUUACGUAAGACAGUGCUCAAUACAUAGGAGUAGAGCGAUGUAUAUAUUGUGGGAGGAAAAAGACAAAUAAACUACCAGUGGGCAACCACGAAACAGGUCUGUAGGAAUGAACUGAUAGUUUAUUAGUCUUUUUCUUAUAUAUAUAUAUAUGUUAUUAUUAUUUUUUGGUUUGGUUUUAUGUUUUUGAAAUAAAUUCUGCUAUGUUUAUCUUCUUUUUGCUUUUUGUGUUUGAUUGUCUGCACAGGGCCGUUGUUGAAUGAGGAUAUGUCAGUUGGUUGCCUGCCACAUAAGCAAUACAAGGAUUUGACGUUCAGCCUCUCGGGUAGGGAAUUAGGUUGGCGUCUGCGCGCCCAUUUAUUCAUAUAAUAGUUGUAACCUUUGAUUGAACAAAUAGGAUGUCGUCUCUUGACUCUGAAAAAGACUCUCGAAAAAAGGCGGGCCUUGAAAAGAUUCGAUUUUGCAGAUGCGUUUUCAGGUCAUAUUGCUGCAAGAUUAGUUCAUAGUGAGUAAAUUUUGUCAGCUUCCGUCGAAACCCUUCAAGAAGAAUGAUAUGACGAUAAUUUAGACGAAUUUGGUGGAUAUUGGGCCCCAAGAAAAUGUCUGCAAUUUAUUCCAUUUGACCAUGCGGUCUACAAGAGAGUUUGGUUUGAGGUUAAAAUCUGUUUUUCCUUUUUGUAACACAAUUUAUAAAAGAGCAUAAUAUGUUUUCAUACGUAGUUCGAGGGAGGUGGAAACUGUUGGCAGAUCGACUGGGUUUCUCCCAAAUCGAGAUGUGCUUUUUAGAUGAGAGAGUUGUGAAUCCUUCUGACGUUGUUCUUGGCGCUGUGGCAAAGCAUCGCCACCUGAGUGUUGGAGAAAUGUAUGACACAUUGGUCGACUGCGAGCUACCAGUUGUUGCAGAUAUAAUGUAAUUAAAUUUGAAUAUGAACACCGGACGAAGGUGAGCGACUCAGCAAGAAGCAGACGCGAAGUCGCAUCGAAGUUUGAGAGCCAUAAUCUGUUAGGCAACAAGUUUAGCAGUUUUAGAGUCACUUACAAACGCACUUGUAUAAAGUAAAAGAAAAAAAAUAGAUCGAAUUUGAAAUUUAGCCUUCGUUCAUAUAGUGGUCAGAUAACGAGCGUUCUUUUAUAAGUUUUCCAUUUGGAUGCUUUACUAGUUCUUUUUUUUCUAAUAUUUGAACAGUUCCUUUUAUUUAUUUCUAUAUAAAAGGUUUGUUAGAUGACAAAAAGUAGUAUCACGAUUUAAUCAAGCCUAAAAGCAGAGCUCCAGUUUUUUUGUUAGUUUCUUGUUUUUUUUUUAUUAUUUUUCUGUCUUCAUUUAAUAUUUACGUAGAGGGUUUGGUUGAGAUAGUUUGUGGGAAAAAAAUUGGUAAUCCAGGAUAUUUUGUAGCAAUUAGAGGGUGGGAGUUCUUUGUUUCCUCAAUGUACAGGGGGAUUUUGUACAAUGAUUCAUCGUAAAAUGAGCUUAUAGGCGGUGUAAUGACGAGUGGGUCAAAACAUAAAUAAAAACCCUAAGAGGAGGGCACUUCCAUUUUUCAACAAAUUUUAAAGCCCAAGCCUAAGUAGUUAUCGUUGAAAUACAAAAUCAUUUUGCAUUGUGGCAACAAAGAAAAUGUUUAAAAUAACUGAGAUCCUGAGAACCUGAGACUAUCCAGUGAAUUCCAUGAUUAACGAAUGAUAAGAAUAAAAUCAAACAAACUACCCAAGCAUUACAUCCAUAACUUAAUUGGUUUUUUGUAAUUUUAUAUCAAUAACUGCAAACUGCGAUUCGACGGCGAGUUGGACGAUCAAAUUGAAGUGAC